ACGGAAUCGGGAGGUGGUGGUGGCGAAAGGGGUACUCCAUCGGAGCCUACCAGCGUCCAGGUGGCUGUGGAACCUCGAUGGCGCCCUCCAUUAGAGAAACAAGGUCUGGAUCAUUUUAUCUACGGACCGUACCGUGGCCACCACAGCAGAAGGUGCAUACUGUGACCCAUGCAGGAUCAAAUUUGGACCAGUCUCGACUAGGAGCAUGGCAGGAUGAUCUCGCAAUCCUGCGAGCAGGGGCAGGGAUGGACGAAGGAAGAAGAGGGUGGGGGGCAAGAGUGCAGUCGAGCGCGACGCAUGGCCUCGGCCCCUCUCCGCCGCACGGGCAGAGCUGCAAAGGCCUCGACGCUGCGCCCGCAGGAGGAACAAACACCCUGGGGCGUACGCCGUCCCCCGCGUCGACGGAGCGGCCCGUGCGCCGGCAGGCGACGCCACUGUCAGGAGGAGGAGGAGGAGGAGGAGGAGGAGGAGGAGGAGGGUGAGGAGAAACCCGAAGGAGCCGUUUGGGGCCCCCACGUGGAGCCGGCAGGGGCCCCAGAGGGGGGCCCAGUUGGGGCCCUAUUCUUCACCUCGGGAUGGACAGACCUCCCUUUAGCAAAACGUGGUCUAGUGAAAACGACCUGAGGCCCAAACCUGGCGGGCGCGAGCCUGGAAAAUGAGGGCCACGGCGCCCUCUCGAGAACCGAAAACGGACCAUUCACUGAUCGACGUGUCACUGUUGGGGGUUCUGUCCAGCCCCGAAACUGCUGGCCAUUGUCCGAUCCGGGCGCUCGUCCUUCACUUCUUGGAGGAGAGCGUGCGCGACAUCCAAUCCAGGCCCUCGUAGAGGCCGUCGCCGGUCGUGGCGCAGGCCGACUGGAUGAACCAUUGGCGAUUGCGCAUGUUGUGGAGGCCCAACUUUUCGGUGACUUCUGCCGCCGGCAUCGCGUUCGGGAGGUCCUGCUUGUUUGCGAAGACAAGCAGCACGGCAUCGCGCAUUUCGUCCUCGUUCAACAUCUUCAUGAGCUCUUCACGCGCGUCCUCCGCGCGGUCACGGUCGUUGCUGUCAACAACGAAGAUGAGGCCCUGUGUGCCCUGGUAGUAGUGGCGCCACAACGGGCGGAUCUUGUCCUGGCCACCGACAUCCCACACGGUGAAACUGAUGUUCUUGUAUUCGACCGUCUCCACAUUAAACCCGAUCGUCGGGAUCGUCGUGACAACCUCGCCGAGCUUCAGUUUGUACAGGAUGGUAGUCUUGCCAGCGGCGUCGAGGCCCACCAUCAGGAUGCGCAUCUCCUGCUUGCCGAUCAGCUUGGCGAAGAGCUUUGUGAAUGCCAUCCCCAUGGUCGCGACGCGCUUCUAAUGACUGGCCGAUGUGAAGAAGGUUGCGAAACCUCACCCGGCGUCCUUGAAUUAUGGUGCCCUGGAACCA